CUCUCUUUCUCUUUCUCUCUCUUUAUAUUCUUUCUUUCAUCACUCUUCUUGUUCUUCACUUUGUCACUUGUUUUUGCCUUCUUUCCUUGUUUUUGUAGUCAUGGAAGUUUGUCAAAACUUCACCGAUCGCUCGUGCGCUUUCAAAGGAAAGCGCACUAAGCGAUCACGACCGUCCUCCCCGCUGAACACAGCCGGGACGACGACUACAACCAUCACUACUACCACCGGUUCAUCGAUUGCUGGUGGUAGUAAUGAUGGAAGUGGAGAUGGAGAUGGAGGUGGAGGUGAUUUUUACAAUUCACCAACCACUUCUACUACUCAAAUUUCAACAACUAGCACAUCUGAGGAAGAUGAAGAUAUGGCCAAUUGUUUAAUUCUAUUAGCACAAAGUGGAUGUGGCCAUAAAGUAGAAGAUGUUAAAAAAGAGAAAAUCAACAGCAGGAAAUUUGCAGAAAUGGCCACUAGUAGUACAACUGGAAAAGCUGGUUUUUUUGUCUAUGAGUGCAAAACUUGCAAUAGAACUUUUAAUUCAUUUCAAGCACUUGGUGGACAUAGAGCAAGUCACAAAAAGCCCAAAACCAUACUGGAAGACAAAAAAUCUGUCACUAUCAAUACUGACAGUACUUCUAUUGCUGCUGGUCAUGAUAAUUUACAUGAUCAAGAUCAAGAGCGUCUCAAUAAAAUUAGUAGUACAACAACUCAUUCAAACAGCAAAACCAAAAUCCACGAAUGUUCAAUUUGUGGAUCGGAGUUUUCAUCAGGACAAGCAUUAGGCGGACACAUGAGAAGACAUAGACAACCACCUACCACGACGAUGAUAACUGCAAGCAAUCUUUCAGAAUCAUCGUCGUGCCAUAUUCAUGAUGAAAAAUCAAGAAGAAAUGUUUUGUCUCUUGAUCUAAAUUUACCAGCACCAGUUGAAGAUGAUCACAAAUUUGAACAAAGUCUAGUCUUCUCUGCAGCCCCUUUGGUUGAUUGUUAUUAUUAGUAAUUUA